AUGGACACUAAACUGGUCAACAGCACAUUGGGACUACUUCUUAAUAUAUUUUUCCCUAUUAAAAUGUUGCUCAAAAUAUAUUCAUUGUGUAUCCUCAUGGUAGAUAUUGUAUGGGUGAUGUUUAAUACAAUGUGUGCAGUGCUGCAAGCAGUUUAUGAACUUUUCAAGCCUCCACCCUUGAAAUCUGUAAGACUGGAAACUGCUAUGGUUAUUGGUUCUGGUCGAGGUGUGGGCCGUGAGAUAGCCAUACAAUUAGCUGAACUUGGUGCAAUAGUGAUUUGUGUAGACAAAAAUAUCUCAUCAAAUGAAGAUACAGUUGAAAUAAUUAAAAGGAAAGGUGGAUCUGCAGCUAGCUAUAAUUGUGAUGUAACUAAAAAGGAGAAUGUGAAGAUGUUAGCUACUCGAGUCAGGAAAGAUUUAGGUUUUGUGAGCAUGCUGUUCUACUGUUGCGGUAUACCAAGUCCAAGAUCAUUGCUGACAAAGCCUCCACAAGAUAUUCAUGUUACAUUAGAUUUGACACUUACAUCUUAUUUUUGGUUCAUCGAAAAUUUCGUACCAGAAAUGAAAACGAAGAACCACGGUCAUAUAGUAGCAUUAACUUCUGUGGCUGGGUUGAGUUACAUCAAGGAUCAAAUGCCUUUAAGUGUAGCUCAGUUUGCUGUCCAAGGUCUUGCUGAGUCAUUGACCGAAGAGCUGAGGAUCAAUAAAAUUGAUGGAGUGCGUGUGACUCUCGCACAUAUCUACCCUUUCAUAGUCAACGAUGAAAAUGAGUUAAGACUGAAAAUACCCAGCUACUUCGGCACGAUAACUCCAAGCCAGGCAGCAAGUUCGAUUCUAGACGGUGUAAGGCGUAACUACUCCGAAGCGUCAGUACCAAAGUAUUUGUUAUAUCUUGGCCAUGUUUUGCGUAUUCUACCACGAAAAGCCACUGUCCUUAUUAGGGACUUACUAGACACAGGAGUGGACUUUGCAUGA